CUCUUUAGCUAUUAAUACUGCUGUAAAUCUGAAUUAUGAUGGUAUUUUGUUGGAAACGUUUAACAUUCUUCUUUAAUCGUAUUCCUGUUAUUAUGAUAAGAUUAUGCAUGAUUAUUCAUUACUGUGUUGAAUACAUCUUGAUUAUCAUUAAUCUAUGAUGGUUUCAUGGGUCAGGACUACUAGGGAUGCACCGAUAGGAGUUUUAUGGGCCGAUACCGAUUUAAACAGACAACUUCUGGCCGAUGCCAAUAUUAAACACUUGUAUACAAUACUAUACAGUUGAUCUAUUAACUAGUUUAUUUCUGCAUCAAAUUAUUUUUUACUGAACAUGGAUUGGAUCUAAUUAACAUUCAACUGACCAACAUAAUAAGAGAGGCACAAAUUAAGCUAAAGCAAUUAUAAUAAGACAGCAUGACAACCUUCAAAGGUGGUUUUUGAUAUUCAGCAUUUAUUUUAUUAACAACAUUAACUCAUUUUUUUUUUUUUUUUUUUUUACAUAUAAUGGAUUUCUUUAUGCAGUUAAUUAAUAAACAAUCUGUAUCGGACUUUCUCGUGCUAUUGCCGAUAUGCCGAUGGUUUCAAAUUCAUCAAAAAUCGGCCGAUAAAUAUCAGCGUCCGAUACAUCGGUGCAUCACUAGUCAGGACUUGUAUCCACAACUCUAGGGGUUAGAGCAUUUUUAUUUUAUGGUGACACACGGGUGUCAGUAAAGGCUGGUUGAGGAUGAUGAUGAGGACCGGCUGAUGAAGAAUACUGAUGUAACCUGAGAGAUAAGAGUGGAGGAUGGGAUCACUAAGACAAGUAUCGCCAUAAGGGUCGGCCCGGUAUCUGUAAAUUUCAGAAGAUGUCUCUGGUGGAUUUGGGAAAGAAGCUCUUGGAAGCAGCUCGUGCCGGUCAGGACGACGAGGUCCGGAUACUGAUGGCCAAUGGAGCGCCCUUCACUACUGACUGGCUGGGGACGUCUCCUUUACACCUGUCGGCGCAAUUCGGUCACUUCUCCACCACAGAGGUUCUGCUGCGGGCCGGGGUCAGCAGAGAUGCCCGCACCAAAGUGGACCGAACGCCCCUGCACAUGGCUGCGUCCGAAGGUCACGCUAGCAUCGUGGAGCUGCUGCUGAAGCACGGCGCUGAUGUGAACGCUAAGGACAUGCUGCAGAUGAGCGCUCUGCACUGGGCCGUGGAGCACAGCCACAGAGACGUGGCAGAGAUUCUGCUGCGCUUCGGUGCCGACGUCCACGCGCAGAGUAAAUUCUGUAAGAACGCGCUGGACAUCGCCCUGGACAAAGGCUGUCAUGAGCUCACUGAAAUCCUUCAGGUGGCCAUGAGGAACCAGAUCAACACGAACCCCGACACGAAUCCAGACUCGCUGACCGUUCACACGGCCACGCCGCAGUUCAUCAUCGGUCCCGGAGGCGUGGUCAACCUGGCCGGACUUGUCUCACCUGGAAACGCCAGCAGAUCCGCAGUCGUAGCCGCAGAGGAGUUGAUAACGGCGGACACGGUAGAUGGGGCCAUUCGACAGGUCGUAAGCUCUGGAGGUCAGCAGGUCAUUACCAUAGUAACAGAUGGAAUUCAGCUGGCCAACCUGCAGACUGGUACAGGCAUCAGCCAGCCCAUAAUAGUUACCAUGCCCGAUGGGCAGCAGGUAUUAACGGUGUCGGACACCGAGGUCGCGGAGGAAACGGUCAUCAGCGAUGAGCCGAUUAUUAAACGGCAGCGCGUGAAGGAAGAAGAAGACAAUGAGAUGUCCGAGGCACAUGACGUCCAAAUUCAGCAAACCAUCUCGCUGGACGACUUUCAGGAGAAAGUGUCUUUGCUAAAGCAGCUGGAAGAGGCGAAUCGUGAAGCUCAGAGAUACAGACAGCAGUUCCUGAAGAAAGAGCAAGAGGCUGAAGUUUACAGACAGAAACUGGAGGCCAUAACACGACAGAGUGCAAAGAAAGCACUGUGACACACACACACACACACACACACACACUUAUACAGACACACACUUAUACAGACGCACACACACACACACACACACACACACACACACACACACACACACACACACACACACAGAGACUCACUGUCUGUCAUGUUACACUAAACAUCAACUUUAUAUUUGUUUAUAUUUGUGUUCUGAUCAUUUGUGUGUCAUUUCAAGGAAUUUUACAGUUGUGGUUUUCAAGUCUGUGAAUUGUGUGUGUAUUUUUUAUAAUCAGUAUAAUGUUGUUAUACUGUAAAGUAUGAGUUCAGUCUCUACAUAAUGUUUUGAACAUCUGGUCACUUCAUCUACAGAUGAUUUUAUUGUGUAAAACUCAAUAUUUCUGAUCUGAUGUUUAAAGACGCUUGACUUUAACUCUGCUUUGUUUGCUAGAAAGACAAAAUUGUUGGAUUUAUUUUCAGAAGGAACAGACAUGAAUUGACACGUGAUCAUGGGCAAAUAAAAUGAUUAAUGAUCUGUUA